CAUCUUUCAAUGUUUUUUUCUAGAAAAGAAAAGGUUCCCACGUUUUCAACUAGAAUCGUUGAAUCCGUCAAUCCCUAGGUACCUACUAGGUAGGUAGUUAUACCGUCAUGGCAGCCGAUGAGACAAGUCCGUUACUCCAAAAUGGAACUACUACUCCCAAGACAACUAAGGUCACAAAGACCGUCAGCGCCUCCAUAUUCGGUCCCGCCAACCGUAUCCUUCUCGCCGGCUUCUUGAUGGCCUUCACUCUUGGCAUCACCCAAGUCCCGAUUAUUUAUGUCUUCCGUCUUAUGGAAUGCGAUAUUUUUUAUCGCCGUAGCCCUCCAUUCGAGGGUCCGGGGGAUCGUUGUCACAAUCGUCAGAUCACCGCAGGAACAGCUCAGCAGGUUUCUAUUCUAGGCAUGUCAACUUCCUUCAGCGGAGUUUUCAACCUCUUCAUAUGUGGUUAUUUUAUAAAGAUAUGGGGGCCACGUUGGGCCUUCGUUUCGCAAACUGCAUUAUUAGGCUUGAGAGUAUCAACACAAGUUCUUGGUGUGACAAUUGGUGGUCGGUCCGGUGAAAUCAUCUUUCAGGCCUGCCAAGCUAUUGGCAUAAUAGGGGGUCCACGCGGCUAUCAGUUAGUUCUGAAUACUGCCGUCAGUGAACUGGUCGCGCCUAAGGAUCGUACGGCAGUCUUUGGACGUUUACAGGGAUCAAUCAUGUUGGGAACUGCAUUUGGAUUCCUCCUUGGUGGUGUUCUUGGCGAUGUCUACAACAUCAGACGUCCUUUUGAGACGGCAUUCUUCCUAUAUGUCGGUUGCACGCUAUAUGGCGCUCUUUUCUUGCCGAACGGUAAAGUCCAUAAUCAAAAACAAAAUGGUCGGGGUAUCAGCGCUUUCUUUGCCCCUAUGAAAAUCAUUGUUCCUCACAAAUACCGCCUAGAGUCUGGCAAGAUCAUUCAAAAUUACAGCUUGAUCUUCCUUGCGCUAGGGAUAUUCCUCGGUGUGUUCGCUUCGGGAUACGCCCCCAUUCUCUUACAGAUGUACGGAACAUCCGAAUUUAAUUUCGGCACUACGGAGAACGGUUAUCUUAUGUUCGGGAACUCGGCCAUUCGUGGUAUCUUUUUACUACUCAUGUUUCCCAAAAUUAUAUCCUCCGGUAGAAUCUGGUUUAAUGGCACGCCGGCGCAUACGGAACGCAGGGGGUCAGAACCAGAGUUCCACAUCCCUGUUAACCCAGAAGACUUUGAGGCCGUUGAGGGCGGAGAAGUUCCACAAGAACCGGUUCAAGUACCUGAUCCAGAUGACGAAGAUUCUGGAACUGGGUUUGAUCUUUUCUUCGUCAGAUGGAGUCUUGUGGUUGACUCUUUGGUUACGUUCUUUGCUGGAUUCUCUACGGAUGGAUGGCAGGUAUAUUUAGCCGGCUUCCUAUUGCCAUUUGCAUCCGGGUCGGCGCCAGCUGCGAAAGGAGUCAUGACCGAAAUGUGUCCACCGGACAAACGACAGGAUGCAAUUAGUGCUAUUACUCUUGUAGAGAGUACUGCUAGUUUGUUAACCCAGGGACUCUUCGGCAUGAUCUUUGCCGCCUUCACAGAAGCCGGCACGCCAAGCCUAACAUUUUUCUGCAACGCGGGAUUUGCUGUGUUUGGCUUCAUUGUUUUGUUCUUGGCAUAUCUACCACCACCCAACAGCAAGAGGGUUGAUGACGAUGAUUCGGAAACCGAAGUUGAGACCUAAAAUGAUCGUCUAGGUAGGUACGUAAAGAGCCUAUCAAAAUCCAUAAAAAGCACUUAGAAGCUAGGUGGCGUAAAAUAAACGGGAAAACAUGCAUAUCGGCGCAGAGAAAAAUUGUUAUCAGCCAUACCAUCAUAAUUCAUGAUUCCAUCUAAAAAGACAUAGAUAGGUACAGUUUGAUAGGGUAACUAAUAGACGAAAAUUGCAGAC